AUUCCUCACCUGUAUUAUCGCUCCACACGCAUGAAUUCUCUUAAACGUUUUUAUCAUGCUAACGGAUUCAUUAUCAAAAAGACCGUCCGAAAAGUAAAUCGAAAGAAUUUAAUUUACGCCUACAUUAGUUUGUUUUUAUUGACGUUGAUCCACCACGAAUUCUUGGCUUACUAUUGGGUUUCGUCGUCUUGGAAAAAUCCUAGUUCAAAUUACCAAUCGGAAAAUGAUGUGAAAAUCUUAUUUUUGGCGGAUCCACAAUUGUUGAACGACGAAGAAAAUUCAUGUUUGUCUAAUUUGGCAUUAUGGGACUCUGAUAGAUAUGUUAGAAGAACAUUUGAAACUGUGAUAACUUUCUUCAAACCGGAAAUUGUUGUUGUAGUAGGAGAUGCACUUGACGAAGGUAGUACGGCUCACUCUUCUGCGUUCUUACGAUCUGUUAAAAGAUUAAAAUCGAUAUUUAAUAAGAAGGAACUAUUUGAAACAAUAUAUGUUGCUGGUGACAACGAUGUUGGCGGAGAAGGGCUUGAUUUUAGGGUUCCAUGGAAAUUACAAAGAUGGGAAGGUUUUCUUAAUGCUAAAGAAAAAGAUGUUAUUCCAAAAAAAUUUUUAAGACUAUUAACUAUGCAUUAUGAUAUCUACGAUCUCGAUGAUGAAGACACUCCCUAUUUGUUAGAUAGAUUAAAUAACAUUGGUUGGGGUUCAAUAAGGGUUAUUGUUAAUCAUAUGCCUAUUUUAAGUCGAUACCGUCCUUAUUUUGAACCACUUAUUAAGGAAACUAGGGCAAAUCUCAUCAUUUCUGCUCAUACACAUCAUUCACACUUAAUGACCUGCGUGGAUUGCCGUGAAGGACAUCAUAAGGCUUCCAAUACUUGGACUGGUGGUGUCAGGCGUCUAGAUGAUUUUUAUGGUGUUGCUAAACUAAAUAUUGCCGACCCACUCAUUAUACACGAGUUGAAUAUCGCCACCUGCAGUUAUCGCAUGGGAGUUCAAAAGAUGGCGUAUCUAUCGACAGUAUUUCAAAGUGGCGCCUGGCUUAUCUGUUCUGCACCUGGCACACUCGACCGUCAGAAAAUGGAAGAAGUACAACGCCGUAACAAGCGUAAGAUGAGUGAACCGAGGAAACGUAUUAGGUUAGAGCAGGAAGACGAUAUGGAAGAUGAAGGAAACAAAGAAAGAUGUUGGGAAGAAGUCGCUACAAAUAGUAAAAGAUCAAGAAAAAAUUACAAAAAUAUGACAAGGGAACGUCGAGUCGAAGCAAACGCUAGGGAACGAUCCAGAGUUCACACAAUUAGUGCUGCCUUUGAAACUCUUAGAAGAGCCGUGCCAUCUUAUUCCUACAAUCAAAAAUUAUCAAAAUUGGCCAUUCUACGGAUAGCUUCCUCAUAUAUUCUCGCCCUAGCCCGCCUAGCAGGAGACGAGCACGACGAAAAGCCAGACUUUGCCGAAUGUGUCGAUAUGUGUACAAGAACUAUUCAAGCGGAAGGCAGAGCUAAACGCCGUCAUUGA